GGGUUUAACUUUGCGGAGGCUGUGAACUUCGCACCCGUUGCAUGGCUACCAUGGGGCCUGAAGUCCGCCAAAAGCUAUAGGAAGAAGGGACGAGCCCCAGUGUUCUCGUUUGAAGAGAUUAUAUUUUGCGCCGGAAUAAGGCACGAGUCUAUGACCCCGCCCAUGGCCCGAUCUCUGGCGACCACCUUGGAAGUGUUAAUAAACGAAGAGGAUGCGCUCAGAAAAGCGCUGUGUAAUGGCCAGGACGAGAAUGCGAUCAAGCACUGGACCAAGCAACCCAGAUACUCGGCAGACGACACUCCUUUGCAGCAGGGAGAGGGUGGUGAUGAGCCCACCGCGAAAAUGGGCCGAAUGGCACCUUCACACAAAGCAGACAUCCGCGUCAUCACAGACACAACCAGCACACCCCCAGCCGAUGCAAACGCGAUACAGGCACAGUCUACAACCCCCGACGUGGCACGUCCAAGUUCCGCAAUAGCAGAGGCACCCCAAACCGGUAUAACCGAGUCGGUUACCAUGGCAACCGGUACGACGGGUCCGGCUGUGUGCGAUCGGGACACGAGCGAGAGGGAUGUAGCAAAAACGCACAAGGCGGGACCAUCCACGAAUGGUAUGGGCGCGUGUGCCACGGCCAAGAACGCCGCUAAUUCUGUUAUUGUGCUUGUGGAGGAUUCUCCGGAAGCUAAGCCUGGUGCUGCACGGGAGAUGUCGGCAGUGACGGUGGUUAAGCGAGAGGGCUGUAGCAGCCCUCGCAUGGGGUCUCCCGGGGAUGGGAGUGCACACACAGCAGGCAACCCCAAAGCCCAAAAUCUAAAUAAGCUAAGACGAUCCGGAAUCGCAUUCGUACCAAUAGAGUCCAAAGUCAAAGUCGAAGUCAAUGAGCUUACGCAGAGUGCAGCUUUUGAGAAUCGGAAUCUUCUGGUGGGCGAUAGUGCCGAGGAUUUAUCAACCACCCUCACGUUCAUCACAGACGCCUGGGCUUUGUACAGCAAGACCCCUACUAAGGGACGGGAUACAGGCAUGUGUUGA